AUGUCUAAUUUUUGCAUGAAAUUUUUUGUUUUUACCUUAUUAAUUUGGACGCUACGUUGUUCCAGUAAAGACAAUGUCGGUGAAGAGUAUUCUUAUCAGAGUAACCAAAGAAAAACGUUACAUCUAAGAGAUGGAAGAAUAUUAACUGCAGUUACAAGCAUUGAAAUACCUUCUGGCUGUGAUAAAGAAAGCGUAAAAAGGUCAAAUACUGUGAAAAGCGAAAAACAGGAAAGCGAAAAAACUGGAAUUGAUGGGGAGGCAUCCUCUGGAAGUACCUAUCAACCUAUGGACGAAAAAGUUGCAGAAGAUACGAAACAUCUUAAAGGCACAAGAAAUAGUGUUAAUAACACUAAAAUUAAAUCUAAGAAAACCAAAAGAGAUGAUGUUCCUAUUACUCCUUUAUUUUUUGCAGAAUUGUUAUUGAAUGAACCAGGAAAGGGAAUUGAUAUAUUAAUGCUUUAUGCAGGAGGAUUUUUAAAAUAUGCGCGUAAUCGUUUUUUUUAA